AUGUUCUUCUUCUUCGUGUGCGGCGAGCACACCUUCCGCAAGCCCGUCGAGGGCUACGAGGGCAUGGUGUGCCAGUGCUACAAUUGCGGCAACAUGGCCGGUCACGUCAUCAAGAGCCAUCCGUGGUUCACCUUUUGCUGGAUUCCCGUCAUUCCUUUGUCAUUCAAGGGCUACACCGACGUAGUAUGCCAUAUUUGCAACUUUGCCCAGCCGUUGGAGAACAGACCGGAUGUCACGGCAAUGAAGGGUGGCGGGGGCUACCAGCAGCAUCCCCAGCCGGUUCAUGGACAGCCUCCUCAGGGCUGGGGACAGCAACAGCCCCAUUACGGAUGA